GGCGGGCUUUGGGCGCGAAGGGCAGGGGCUGAGCUUGGCGCGGGCAGCGCUCUAGAGCGCGGUCACGUGGUUCAGCUCUGAAUUUGGCGCGGUUUGGGCGAGGCCGUCAGGCGAGAUGCGAAACGUCUGUGGUCUGUGUACGGAAGGGGUUUUCCCCUUGUCACUUUGGCCCAGGCAGCGUAGAUAAGGCUUCUGAAGGGGAGAGAUGGAAGGUGAGGAACCAGGAAUUUAACUGGAAGCACGUGAGAAACAGGACCGCACCAUUUUGUGCUCCUCUACACGCUAAGUGUGCGCUGCGUCUUGAGAUCACACGAGUAGGAUCUAGCCCUUCAAAGGACUCUCCAUUGAGGGGGAAACUCAGCUGUGAGAAGAGUGGCUAAGGGGGCACAAAGGAGGUACCCAUUGGGGAAACUCCGCGGGCUCUAUUGCAGCUGCUCCUGAAGGGUGGAAUUUCUACUUUUCAUUUAGGGCUCAUCUCAGAGAUCGUCUCCCAAGUGAAACCCCUCCUCAUUCUUCCAUCCUUACAUGAUUUUCCCUCUUCUGAGCCUCCAGAGAAAUUGGUAAAUCUGCUGGUCCCGUCCAGCAUUAAUCCAGAAGAAGACAGAACACUGUUCCGCAGUGACACAGACACAGGUGCGGGGGCGGCACAGACACAUGGAGUUGUAAAGACACAAGUGAGCACCUUCAGUUACAGGGGGGAAAAAAGCCAGUGAAAAAUAAAGCUCCUUCCUAAGGGGAAAGAAACAGUUCCUGCUCUGAUGGAAAGGAGGAGAAGACAUCAGUGCCGUUUGAGUCCCAGCCAUAGAGUGCACCUGUGCUUGGCAUCCUUGCCAGGUGGGGGCCUCAUCCUCUCUGCCACCUGAACAGGAACCAACUGGGGCUCAAGCAGAGCUGAUCCACAGCAAGCAGGGCAUGCCCUCUCCACUCUACACAUCCUGUCCACAUACAGACUGUGAAGCAUCCUCUUCUGAGGCCUGAGAUCCACCAUCGCCGUGGAAGGAAGUGUGAAAAGGGAGCUACACGUCACCAUUAUACAACACAGACUUCCCGCCACUUGACUCAAAACGUGUAGACAGUUCAGAAGCUGAAAGGUAAAGGAGCUGCGGCAGCCUACCGGAUGGCAACAGGCCAUGUGGUCAAGAACCAAGACACUGGCCCAUCAGCCAACACGAAGCCUCCAGAAAUAGUUUCUUGAACAAGUCAUCAUCAUGGACGUCCUGACUGCCAAGCAGGAUGACUGGGAUGCCUAUAAAAUCACUCACACUUUCUCCCCAGAGGUUUUGGCUCAACACUAUUAUAUGUCUGAAACAGAAAAGUCACUGCUGCCAUGUGGUUUUGCCAAACUGUGAGUAUGUGAAGCUCUGAGAAGAAUGGCAAGUGGAAAGGUUCUGGAAUUCGGAUUUCCCUAAGGAAUGUUACCAUGUUGCUAAGCUGUGUAGUGUAUCUUAACAACCAGGGAGCCCUGUGGGCUCCUUGGAGCAACAGUGGGAGAAACUGGAGAGAGACAGUGAGAUUCUUUUGGAAGCAUUAGACAUUAGGCUGUCUCUGCCAAUUGAAAAUUCCCAGCUCAAGUGCAAAGAUUUAAGGAAAUCAAUGACAGCUCAAUAUAGUCCCAUUAUGAGGCUUGGAGGGUAUCAGCAACCUUGAGUUCCUGUCAACCAGAUUACCUUCUUUGAAAACUGUCCUCAGGUAUAAUUUUAAAUUCGUCAUUAAAAUAAUUUUCAAAAAGUUUAGGUUUGCUUUAGUUCAUGGACCUCAGGUUCACCUUCUUUUCAAGACCGUGUGAAGGCCAAAUAAAUCUGUUUUGAGGUAAUGGGAUAUUAUCUUUUAAAGUAAACCACCUGUCAUUGAGGAGACCAUACAAAUAAAAUAAGCUAAGGUUGUGGAAUUUAUUUCCACAUUUAUUCUGUGGAAAACAUUUGUGGAAUGGAAAUUCUGUGGAAUUUAUUUCCACGUGUAUUAUGUGGAAAACUAACUUCAUAUAACAAAUACUGAGCAUAUAUUCUGUGACGGGUACAGGGAAUACAGAGGCUGGACCGGACCAUCGCCUAAGUGAUGACGAUAUCUUAUGGAGAGAAGCAGGAAAUAAACACAGAAUGUAAAAAAAAAAAAGUCAGAGAGUGACAUGCACUAUGGACAUAGCUUAAGGAGGGUAAGGGAUAGAGAGUGAUGGAAUGGAGGCUGGGAAGAUGGUAGGAACUACUUUAGAGAAGGGUAAGGAAGCCUUUUGGAGGAGGCCUCAUUUAGGCAGAGCAACGAAUGAAGUGAAGAUCUGGGCGGUGUAGAUUUUAGGCUGCCCCUAGCAAAUGCAAAAUGGUUCAGCAUUUAUCACCUAAGUGACGAUCUUCACAUCUCUGGGAAUUCAGAGUAACUUUCAGCUCUUCGUUGAUCAGAUAUUGUGUCUCCUGUUUUAAACAUACAUUGUAUGUAAGUGUUAUUUUGGACUAAGAUUAUGAAUAUUUAAUACAGAUUUACGUAGUUCAAAAGUAACAAUGACCAGAGUAGGACUAGAUGAUUACUAAUGCUUCUAAAACACAGAUUUUGGGGAUAUUGUGUCAUGUAGUCUACAUAAAAUCCAGUGAUGUGCUAAUAUACAGGUCGAUUCAAGAGGCUGUAGGAAAGGAAACAUUGCUCUCAGAAGCACUUUCACAAUUCCCUGGAUGGCAAAUGGUAGUUUUAAUUAGAUUUUCCCUCAGUUACCACUAAACAUGUUUUUUUCUUCUUCAGAGUGAAAGCAGAAUGCUGGCAUCACAAGCAAAAUAGAAUUAUAACCAGAAUUGGCUACUCAGCAGAUCUUUUGGGCAUAACCACCAGGUCAGGAGGGUUCCACCGAGGGUUUGCGACACAGGCGGUUUUACUAUCUUCUCAGAAGAUGAUACAAAUUUAAGAAGCUGGUUGUCUUAAAGCAUAAUAUGAAAGAUUCCCUUUAUACAUAUUACAUCGUAAUAUGAAAGGGUCUAAGCACCUCUGGAAGUGAAGUGAGGUUAACGAGGUAGAACCCCAAGACCUUUGCGGCACCAGUGAAGAGGGCCAAACCAGUACCCUAGGACACGAGCCUCAAAUCCCCGACGUCUGCUCUUCCGUUUGAGAGCAAAGGCAGUCAUAUCAUGGCUAGAAAUGGAGGCUGUUUUCUAGUCCGGCACACCCCUCAUCCCAGAAGGGUCUGCCACAUCAAAGGUUUGAAUAAUAUUCCCAUCUGUACUGUGAAUGAUGAUGAGAACUCACUGGGGGCAUUGUGGGGUGUUGGCCCACUCAACCACUUAGAGAAGGAUGAGAUACCGUUUGCCAAAUGCGGUUACCCACCCAGCGCUGCAGCCCCUCAGAGCCCAGUCAGAGGAGCCUCGCCAGCCCUAAACCAGGUCAAGGUGCCCCCACGGCCUCAUUCUGAGCCCUGUAGAAAAAUCAAGGAGUGCUUCAAAACUUCCAGUGAGAAUCCCUUAGCAAUUAAAAAGGAAGAAGUUAAGGUAAAAAAGCCGCCGUCACCUCCAAAACCAUGCUCUACUGCUGACUCUUGUUCUUCAGAGGUGAUGAGUGCCAAGACCGACGUCAAAGAGAACACUGUUUGCAUACCAAACUAUCUGGAUCAGGAAAUCAAAAUUCUGGCGAAGCUCUGUAACAUUUUACGCACUGAUUCUCUGGCAGAAGUUCUACAGUGGCUGCUUCAUGCAAGCUCAAAAGAAAAAGAGUGGGUCUCAGCUUUGAUUCAUGCUGAACUGGCUGAAAUAAACUUGUUGGCCCAACGAGGAAGCAUCACGUCAAAUCUAGCAGCAGAGACUAGAAAGCCACCCAAAGUUAAAUCGCCCCCAAAUUCACCUGGACAAUUGAAAGUGCUGACCAGAACGAGGCAAGGACAUCAACCAACCAGAGUGUCAAGUCAAGGAUCUGAAGGAAGUAAGGAAGUGCCAAAAGAGGCUGAGCACAAGCCCCCAUUGUUUAUAAGAAGAAAUAAUUUGAAAAUGCCCAUUGCAGAAUAUUUCAGCAAACCAAAAUCUCCUCCCAGGCCUAAAAUUCAGGAAAGCAUAUCAACAAAACCAAUGUCUGCAAGGAUUAUGCAACAAGGAGGCAAUCUCUCUCCCCAGAGAGCAUUUUAUCCUUGAACAUUCCAAAGGUAGAAAUUCUAGACUGAGCUAUUUCCUUCACAAACAUGAGCUUCACUCCAUAACAGUAUCAAAUUAUUUUUAAAAAGUAUUUUGGUAUGAGAGAAUCUGUAUCGGGUGGCACAUGUAAAUCUCAGAGCACUUGUAUAUAGUGUACUAAAUAAAUAAUAAUGGAGACAGUAUUUCUAUUUGUAGUUAAUUUAGCACCAUGUGUAAAAGAAGUAUAUUAUUUACAUACUCCAUUUCUAGUCUUGCACUGAUUGCAUUUGUACAUAAGCAUAGGGUCCUGAUACUAGAAAAACCGUCCAUAACAGAAUUAGGCAGCUGCAGUUUGACACAUGCCCCAAACUCUUGGUACAGAAAAACAAAACCAAACACAGAAUUUUAACAUCUGAGCUGAUUUUUACAAUCUACAGUGUUUCAGUGCUGUUGGUUGGAUUCUGAAUGGAUUCUAUGGUGAUAAUGGAAAAAUACUGGCCUCCUCCCCAAAACAGGUAUAAACAUUAUCACUAAUUUAUGAGCCAGAAAAGAACUAGUUUCUACUCUUUGCUAAUUGUGAAUGAUAUUAAUUUCCUAAUAUUUAGCUUUUUUGUAUUUUUAAAAUAAACCACUCUUAGGCCAUGGCUGUUAUUCUUUCAGUAUUGCUGGAUUCAUCUACCAAUUAGCCAAUCUUUUAGAAUGUGUGCCACGAUGUUCAAGAGAUACUAUAAAUUUUGUGUAUGUGUGCAUGGGUGUGUGCAGCCCCUUUUUUCUUUUUUUAGAGCAGGAGUUCGGGGAGAGGCAGAGGGAGAGAGAGUGUUUAAGCAGACUCCCUGCUGAGCAUGGAGCCUGACGUGGGCCUCGAUUUAUGACCCUGAGAUCAUGACAUGAGUCAAAAUCAAGAGUUGGACGCUUGCCCGACUAUGCCACCCAGGCGCCCCGUAUCUGUGCAAUUUUAAUGACAAAUUUAUAUCAUACUUCAUUGUGUGUCAGGAAUCAUUCUACACACUGCAGAUAUUGUAAUUUUUAAUUUUCACAAUAACUAUUUGAGAGAGCUACUAUUGCUAUUCUCUCUUCUUUUAAUAAGAAAACCGAGGUGCCGAGAGUUGUAUUCAUUGGGAUAGGAUCCACAGUUGUAAUAAAUGUCAUCUUUCAAAUACAGUAGUGUAUUAUUUCUCACAUAAGAGUUCAAAGUGUGUAUUUUGACGUACAACGAUCCAUUAGUUGCAUAUAAUACCCUGUGCUCAUCCCACCACCGGGUUAAAACUAAUGAUGUACCAUAUGUUGGCUAACUGAACAUAAUAAUAAAAAAU